AUGAACGUCGGAGGAAUAUCCAACAUGGACUUAAUUUACAAGAACCCAAAUGAACCCGUAGAAGCUCGAAUUCAAGACCUCUUACAAAGAAUGACAGUUGAAGAGAAGAUCGGUCAGAUAACUCAGAUCCACAAUGGCGUUUCCUCAGCCACGGUCAUCAAAAACUUCUUUAUUGGCAGUGUAUGCAACACAAUCGUGAAAAAGGUUAAGAAUGAGUCGUUAGAGGAAUGGGCGGAGAUGAUUGACGGUUUUCAAACUGCUGCUCUCGAGACUCGUCUGGGCAUACCAAUCAUAUAUGGCUUGGACGCACCUCACGGCAACAGCAAAUUCUAUGGCACCACUAUUUUUCCUCACAACAUAGGACUCGGUGCCACUAGAGACGAAGAUUUGGCUAGAAGGAUUGGGACAGCGACUGCCCUGGAAAUUAGGGCAAGUGGGGCUCACUGGGUGUUUGCCCCUUGUGUGGCUGUGUGUAAAGAUCCAAGAUGGGGAAGAUGUUACGAAAGCUACAGUGAAGAGACUGACGUAGUCUGCAAGAUGACAUCUUUCGUUUCCGGUCUGCAAGGAACUCCACCGCAAGGACAUCCCGCCGGUUACCCUUUUCUAGCUGGAAGAAACAAUGUUGUUGCUUGCGCCAAACAUUUUGUUGGAGAUGGUGGUACCGAGAAGGGUAAAAAUGAAGGGAACACGAUUUUGUCAUAUGAAGACUUAGAGAAGAUACAUAUUCCUCCAUAUCUGAAAUGUUUUGAUCAGGGAGUCUCAACGGUUAUGGCGUCUUACUCAAGUUGGAAUGGAAGUAGACUCCACGCAGAUCGUUUUCUCUUGACAGAAGUUCUCAAGAAAAAACUCGGUUUCAAGGGAUGUUUGGUUUCAGACUGGUCGGGAAUUGAUAGGAUGAGCGAACCACGUGCCUUGACCUAUCGUGAAUGUGUGGCGGCCUCUAUGAACGCUGGAAUAGACAUGGUCAUGGUCCCUCAUCAUUAUGAGCGGUUCAUCAAUGACCUGACGGAUCUUGUUCAAUCCGGGGAGAUUCCGAUGUCUAGAAUCGAUGAUGCAGUUGAGAGGAUUCUCAGAUUAAAGUUCACGGCCGGUCUUUUCGAACACCCUUUUUCAGACAGAUCAUUACAAAAGUUUGUCGGCUGUAAGGAACAUAGAGAGAUAGCCCGUGAAGCAGUGAGGAAGUCUUUAGUUCUGUUAAAGAACGGGAAAGACUCAGAGAAACCGUUUCUUCCGCUAGAUCGAAACGCAAAUAGAAUCCUUGUGGCCGGAACUCAUGCUGAUGAUAUCGGUUUUCAAUGUGGUGGCUGGUCCAAGACAUUUCAUGGUCUCAGUGGUCCAAUUACGAUCGGUAAAACAGUUUUAGACGCCGUUAAAGCUAGCGUAGGAUCUGAAACAGAAGUGGUUUAUGACAAGACUCCCUCCGAGGAGACUUUUUCGGGUAAAGAUUUCUCCUACGCGAUUGUAGUCGUUGGGGAAGCACCGUACGCAGAGACGCUAGGCGACGAUCCUGAGCCGUCGAUACACUUUGGUGGGACCGAGGUAAUGAGAAUGGUGGCUGAAAAGAUCCCGACCUUAGUGAUUCUAAUAACGGGACGACCAGUGGUUUUGGAUCCGGCAGUGUUGGAGAAAGUCGAGGCUUUGGUGGCGGCUUGGUUGCCUGGAACAGAAGGAGACGGUAUCACUGACGUGGUGUUCGGAGAUUAUGAUUUCAGUGGAAAGUUGCCGAUGUCGUGGUUCAGAACGGCUGAGCAGUUGCCUAUUAACUCUGAAGCUGAAGGGUAUGAUCCAUUGUUCCCUGUUGGGUUUGGUCUGAAAUGUAAGAAAUGGUAAUAUGUCUGAAGAUUGUCUCUUUAAGAAAAGACUAUGUGUUUCUUUAAAAGAUUAUGUGUUGCGUAUCUAUUUAAAUAAAUGAAGUUUU